ACCGCAAUAUGGAAGGGCGCUGGUGUCAAAAUAACAAACCAUGCAAUCAUGGCACCAAGUCAACGUCAACGUCAUGUGUCAACUCAUAAAAAGGUUCAGAAAAAAACUAUUGAAAAGACAAUAGUCAAAUCUGAGGAUGUUUCACUUGAUAUGAACCUUAUUUACCCAAGUGGAGACACUGCCUUCAAAAUUCUGUUAUUAGUCAGAUUUUGUUCUGCUAUUUGGAGCUACAUAAGUGAUUGUGAUGAAACUUUCAAUUACUGGGAACCGAGUCAUUAUCUUCUGUAUGGUACUGGACAACAGACUUGGGAGUAUAGUCCUGAAUAUGCAUUAAGAUCCUACACAUUUCUUUUAAUUAAUAUGGUUCCAGUAAAGCUGUACACUUAUAUAUUUGAUCCGAAUCCAAUUUUAGUAUUCUAUUUUGUCCGCUUUCUACUGUGUGUCUGCUGCGCUUUAUCAGAAGUUGUGUUUUAUCAAGGUGUGUGCAAGGAAUUUGGAGUUCAUGUUGGAAGAUUAACACUCGCUUUCCUUAUUACAAGUUCAGGAAUGUUCAUCUCCAGUGUUGCAUAUUUACCUUCUUCAUAUUCUAUGUACUUGAGUACAAUUUCUAUUGCUGUAUGGUAUUCUCGAAAAUAUGAGCUAGCAAUUUUUACUACUGCAAUAUCUUCAUUGUUGUGUUGGCCUUUUGCUGCUCUUCUUGGAUUACCUAUAGCUAUAGAUUUGUUAAUUAGAAAGCAAGAAUGGCUCAGAUUCAUCAAGUGGGCUAUUUUAUCUGGCAUUGUCGUUUUAGGCCCAAUGGUUGGAAUUGAUUCUGUGUAUUAUGGCAAACUCGUUAUUGCUCCUUUCAAUCUUAUAUAUUACAAUAUCUUCACUAGUCAUGGACCAGAUCUUUAUGGCACGGCACCAUUGAGUUAUUACUUGAUAAAUGGAUUUUUAAAUUUUAAUUUCAUAUUUAUUGCAGCUUUAUUCACUCCUUUGGCUCUGCUUCUAGCAUGGGCUGUUGUUCCAGCCAAACCAAGGAGUAAAUAUUGCCUUCCUUAUUGGCUUUCUUUAGCUCCUCUAUAUCUCUGGAUGAUCGUCAUAUUCUCUCAAGCACACAAAGAAGAAAGAUUUCUGUUUCCAAUCUAUCCAAUGAUUUGUCUAGCAGGAGCAAUCACAGUGGAUGUGAUACAAAUAUUAUUUUUUUUCGUACGAACUCAAAUAAAACCCUUAACUAAAGUUACUCAUUAUCUCCAAGAAACAUCAUUUAUAAUGGUCGCUGCAAUAUUAAUCUCAGGACUUUUCGGAGUAUCCAGAUCCUUUGCUUUAUUCAAUAAUUAUUAUGCUCCGCUAGAAGUCAUGAUGGAAGCAAACAAGUUAGGUUCAGAGGGUCAAAUUCCUGAUAAUAUAAAUAUUAAUUUCUGUGUGGGCAAAGAAUGGCAUAGAUUUCCCAGUAGCUUUUUUUUCCCUUCUAAUAAUUGGAAGCUUCGAUAUUUGCGUUCAGAGUUUCGGGGACAACUACCUCAACCCUUUUUAAACUCUUUGGAUGGACCAAGUAUAAUUCAACCAAACUUCAAUGAUAUGAAUAGAGAAGAACCGUCUAGAUAUUUUGAUGUAGAAAAAUGUCAUUUUAUCUUAGACUUAGAUCUCGGUAAAGAGACUGAAUUAGAGCCCAAUUAUUCACGUCAGACUGAUAAUUUUACUGUUAUUAAAUCUUGUAGAUUUUUAGACUCAUCAUCCUCACAUCCAUUUUUCCGAGCAUUUUAUAUUCCAUUCAUAUCUGAUGAUUACUGCAAAUAUGGAUCGUACAAUCUUUUGAAAAAUAAUAAGUUUAAAUUUCCUGUUCCUGUAUCUAAAAUCAACACGCCAAAGACUGCGUAGUUUAAAAAAAUUUUAGAUAAGCAGAUGACAAAGCAAUUUUAAUAAUUAUUUUUUAAUAGCUGCAAACUCAGCUAGGAAAAAUGUUAAUUGAUUAAUUCAUAAUUGAAUCAAUUAAUAGAUAAUUGAUUGAUUUAUUCAUAAGCUAUUUACUUGAGAGUGUUGAGUGUUUUGUUAAAUGUGUAAAAUAUUGCUGUAAAUAUUUUUUUAUGAUAAUAAAUGCAAAUGUACAAUUAA